UCACCAAUCACGAAGCAGCAUCCGUCAUAUAAGGGUUUAUUUCAAGACAGGAUAAUUAUGGUUCCAUUGAUAGAUUGUCAAAUUCCAAUUAUUAGAUCUGCUGGGCAAUCUAUACUUUGAGUACAUCUAUUAUCCAGAAAAGACAAAAAAAGGAAUAAAAAAAUCUGACAACUCAAUCACUGUAUGUAGGCGACCGCUCGGCAGUCAGCACGUUUAAAUGCUCUUCGCAAAAUGAAAGAACUAAAGGAAACGUUUCGAAAGGAAAUCGAUUGUUAAAUGCCGAUGCAACCUCAUACGAAACUAUGAUCAAUAGCUCAAAAGGGAGACCGGUUUCUCUGCUUGUUAUUUCUCCGGUUUGACAUGAAAAAAAAAACAUAUUACGUAGGUCUCAAUGACGCAAAGGUCGGGUGGCGCCUCAUAUAACGAGAAGGAACUGUCCUGGUGCUGAAAAGAGGAGUACUUUCUCACGGAGCUGGCAAGAAAGAGAUGUUCUGCUCAGACUCUUCCGUUGUCUGAACUACUUUCUAAGGCAAUAAGAAGAUGUCUCUUCCCAAGAUCUCCCUCGCAGGAGCGGUGGUUAUUGUCAGUAGCCUUCUUCACACUUGUUGCAUUAAUGGCGCUUCAGUAAGGCAACACAAAAUGAGGGACGAUGAGCCAGAGAGCAGACUCAAAACCCCUUAUUUUGUGCCUAAUUCUGACAUGGUCAAAGCCUUGGAGUACAUAGAAAACCUCAGGCAGCAAACAAACGACGAAGAGCCGAUUCCCGACUACGACGACAUGGAGAAGUUUCGCUCCCUGUUGAGGCUCGCUCCCGUUCAAAACAUGGCCGGCCCCGAGCAAAGCGCUGCUCCAGACGUUAGGGAAGCCUGGCAGGACGAUAAAUCCCAGUGGGUCAAAAUAUUGCUAAGAGCGCUCCAGCGAGCCGAGAAGGAGUCUAAGCCGUCGCUGUCGGGUACGCGGUUCUCGUUUAACAACCGGCAGUACGCCGAAGAAGACAGCCCUGCAGAUGAAAUCGGCGAUUAUGGCGACAACCCUUUGCCCGAGCGAAACAAGCCUUUAAAGAAGUACCAGCUUCUCUUCGAAGACGAAGACUCCAGGGAAAACCCCUACAAGCGCACCAACGAAAUUGUGGAGGAGCAGUACACACCCCAGAGCCUGGCCACCCUCGAAUCUGUUUUCGAGGAGCUGGGCAAGCUGUCGGCUCCCAGCAACCAGAAGCGGCAGAGUCUGGAUGAGGACCAGCGGUUCUACAGAGACAACGACGACGACAUUUACAGGGUCAACAACCUCGCCUACGAAGACGUGGCGGGGGGAGAAGACUGGACGCCGGUGGAGGAAAAGGUCGAAACGGAAACCGAGGAAGUGAAGGACAGCCGGGAGGAGUUUGACAGAGGCUCCGACGAGGCUGGCGACAGCCUUAAAAGAUCCAGCCAGCCCAAGUACGCGGAAAAGGAAGACCCCGACGACUUCAACAAACUCGUGGACCGCUACCUGUUAAAGUUUCUGGAAAAGAGCGAACGAAACGAGAAGAGAGACAACAGUGAAAGACCCCAGGAGGAACAGAACAACGAGAAGAGGACAGUCGGACCCAGCGGGUCGUUAGAAGUUGACCCACAAGCUAUAUAUCAGCUGAUUGAAAUAUCUAGGAGAUUACAAAUCCCACCCGAGGAUUUAAUAGAGAUGCUGAAAAGCGGGGAGGUAAAAAAGCAGGAUAAAAUCUUAGAAGCAGAGGUGGAACCUGAAGUGCCCGAGGAUUUAGACAGAAUUGAAGACAAACUGAGCCAGAUUUCUCCUUACAAUAAAGAAAGGGUUCCUGCAAAGAAACCUUUUAACCGACGGCUUCCUGAAAUGCUCCCGAACGACAUUCCUGACGAUUUAAAUACAGAAGAUGUUUUGAAAAUUCUCGGACUGGAAGCUAAAGGCAACCCAAACCCAAAAUACAUCUUAAAGCAAAUCCAAUCUAAACACGGGCAUUCGAGACUGUCUGCCCCAAGUGCCCGGAGGGGGGAUUACGUUUUAUCUGAGCCCAGCGGUCUCCCAGGUGAUUAUGACAAAACUAAAAUGGAUUAUGACGAAGCCACUGAUGACGAUGAAUUAGCUACUUAUCUUGCUGCAAGAUUGCUGUCUAAGUACCCCAAAAUGCUCAACAAAAUCGACCUCAAACGCACCCCUCAGCUUUCCUCAAAGGAAGAUCAAGUAGCCUACGGAACAUACGAGCAGGCAAUGAAAGAUUACUUUGACCAUAUUAGCUCCGACAAAACAUCACCAACAAAAAGAUUGUCCGAGGACGGAGAGCAGGGGAAUGCCUCGAAAUCACAACGCUUAGAUGAAGAUAUGUUGCUGAAAAUGUUGGGAUAUCUAAACCAAGAGACUAGAGAAAAUGAAGACAGGGACAUUUAUGGCAAAAAGUUGAAUGGGAUGUAGGCUGUCAGGUUGACUUUCCACAAAUAUUAUUUCCACAUUAAAAAAAAAGUUCCGUUAAUGUACAGUAGCUCAUAAUCUUUAAUUAAAAAAAUCAAAGGUCUGAUUUGAUGUAGCGGCGAACGAACUUAAUUUUGUUUGUGGUAGUCCCUGAUUUUGUGAUACUUAGAUGUUUUUAUUGUUACAACACUUGGUGUUGGACAAACACCGUCCUUAAAACGGGACAGUGAAACCUUUCAUCUGAUGUACCUUAAAACAGCCUACAAAUGAAUCAGUGUUGGAUACUUUGGGUUCUGUUGUGUUUUUAUCAAUAUGAUAUUUCGUACUUGUAUUCCAUCAUGUGUAAAGUACUUUAAAUAAAUAAAGCAUUUACUGGUAUUAUUUUC